GACAAAGUGCUGGGUGAACUUGAAGCCACUGCGCUACUUUUAAACCGUGUGCCACGGCCGAAUGGCUUCGCUGUGUGGACGUUUGUGGUGUCACUGGUUGGACAUAAGGGGUCGAAUUUGUUAUACAGUGCUGCUCGUUCUCGGACAGCUAGUUCAGUGACCACCGCUGCAACUUCUGAUUUGGAGAAAUACGUAAAGAAAUCGGAAGAACUAGCCUCAAAAUAUGAAAAGCAUGUUGACGAAGCGGUUACACGCUGGGCAAAGUGCGAUGAAAUUUAUUUUGGCAAGGAGCGAGACUUCAAAAAUUUUCCCACCGUGAAAUACCCCCUCAAACAUCCUAAAGUCCGUUUGGGCUUUAUACCUGAUGCUUGGUUCCAAACAUUGUAUCCUAUUACUGGUGUAACAGGGCCAUACCUCUUUCUUUUCGGUUCCACGGCCUUUCUCAUUAGCAAGGAAAUUCUAGUGGUUGAUCCCCAUUUUAUAGAAAUGGGCGUGUUCAUCGUCCUAAUGACUGGCCUGAUAAAAAAGUUUGGUCCUUUGGUUGCUGAAUUUUUGGACAAACAUACGGAGAAAGUAGAGCAAAUCCGGUACUACGAACCCCUGAAUGCAUUGCACCGGAAUUUGGAUAAAACAAUCGCUACUGCUAAUGAAGAGAUAGCCAGGGCUUCCGCGGUGGAAUCGCUGGUCAAAGCAAAAGAGGAAAAUGUUGCUCUCCAGUUGGAGGCUGCCUAUCGGGAACGAUUACAACAGGUUUAUCGUGCGGUACACCGGCGCUUGGACUAUCAUGUCGAACGGGAAAAUACUCGCCGGCGUUUCCAACAGACACACCUGAUCAACUGGGUCGUGGAUCAAGUGGUCAAAGGAAUAACCCCCGCUCAAGAGAAGGAAACCCUUACUUACUGCAUUGGAGAGUUGAAGCGAUUGGCACAAGUCCACAAAACUGCUGCCGUCGCUUAACUUGUGUUGUAAUGUUACUAACGAUUCCUCGCUAGCUUCGUGAACCAAUAUAUUAAUAGACAGCAUUCAUUUAGCCUGUUUUGAU